GUGAGUGCGAUGUGAUGUGGCAGAGGCAGGGGUCCAGGCGUCCACCUGGGCAAACGCAACCUACCAUUUAAUAUAGUAGCCAAGUAUACCUAUUGGCUAACCAAUUAGGCAGCCAUUAUGGGGCGCCCCACCCAUUAAUCCUGCUACACUAGCAAGAAUUAUCCCAGUAGCCUAGGUAUCAGGUCACGAGGCUAUCUGAUUUGCAUCCUCUGGUCAUUCUUGAAAACGACAGCGAGUUACAGGAAAUGUUGGCAACGGGCAACCAUUUCGUUUAUACGACAUUUCCCUCGCUAAACUGAAACUUUUUCGGACAGUUGCAGCGCAUGGAUACUGGAUAAAUAACCACUCAUUUUGUAAGGCUAGUUAGAAACGAAACAUGUCUUACUGUAACACAAACUGCGUUGAAAAGCCUGUUGCCGCUGCCUUUAAGGUACUUGGGCGUUGCAUCGGUAAAUAUCCGUGGUUGUUUUUCAUUCUUCCUCUGAUGAUAUCGUGCGGACUCGGAGGAGGAUUUUACUUUCUUCAUCAGAGAGAGGUACAUAACAUUGAGGACCAGUUCACGCCACUAAACGGCCCAGCGAAAGAGGAGAGGGCGUUUGUCAAACAACAUUUUCCUCCAGGCAAAGAUUUCUCCCAAUUGAAGCUCUAUACCGAGGGCGUGUAUGCGUCGUUUAUCCUGGUGAAGAAGCCUAAUAUACUCACUGUAAAGGCGUUUCAAGAAAUAAUGACAUUAGACGAGCGAGUGAAAAGUCUCAAGACAAGUACAAACAAGACAUUUGAAAACCUGUGUGCUAAGAAGAAAAACAAAUGUGUCUCGAAUGACGUUUUAGAUAUUGUAACGUAUAAGGCUAGCAACAUUGACAAUAUGACUAUAUAUUACCCAUUUCAUGGAAAAACAUUUUUUGGAACAGUUAUUGGCGGUGUUAAAUAUAGACCAGAAACUAAGGAAAUUCAGAGCGCCGAUGCGAUACGAUUGUUCUACUACUUAGAAGAAGACCUCGGAAAUGAAACUGAUGCCUGGCUGAGUUUGUUUAUUGACACUUUCUCAUCGGAGACAAAAUAUGCUGAAUGGGGCUCUAUAUCCAUUUUCACAUCAUUGUCAAGAGAAGAAGAGCUGAAAAAGAAUAGCAAAAGUGUGACCCCCUUGUUUUCCAUCACAUAUUUUUUGGCCAUCAACAUAUCUAUUCUUUCUUGCCUAAGGUUGGACUGUGUGAGGAACAAGGUAUCUGUGGCCUGCUUUGGGGUGUUUUCUGCAGGGCUGUCUGUGCUGUCCAGUUUCGGCCUGCUUCUGUAUUGUGGGAUGCCAUUUGCAAUAACUGUGACGACCUCUCCCUUCCUGAUUCUUGGUAUUGGUGUGGAUGACAUGUUCAUCAUGAUCUCCUGCUGGCAGAAGACGAGGGUUCAUGACAAGGUUGAAGAUCGCAUGGCAGAGACGUACAAGGAGGCGGCAGUCUCCAUCACCAUCACCACUCUGACUGAUGCCUUGGCCUUUUACAUCGGCCUCCUGACUCCUUUUCGCUCUGUGCAGUCCUUCUGCAUGUACACCGGCACAGCCAUCCUCUUCUGCUACAUCUACAACAUCACAUUCUUCGGUGCUUUUCUGGCCCUGAAUGGACGACGAGAGGGAAGCAACAGACACUGGCUUACAUUCAGGAAGGUUGAAACUCCAAAUCCAGACAACAAGGGCAAUGCCUGCUCAGUUGGAGGAGCUUAUGAUCACCAAACAGGUGCAGAGGAGGAAAUGCCCAUCAAUGUCUUCUUCAAGAAGUAUUAUGGUCCAUUCUUAACUAAAAGAUACACCAAGGUCUUUGUUAUUUUGCUCUAUUUUGUAUAUGUGGGUGUGAGCAUGUAUGGUUGUUUUCAGAUGAAAGAGGGUAUAGAUCUGAAAAACUUAGCUACAGAUGACUCAUACGUAGUUAAUUACUAUGAUAAUGAGAAUCAGUAUUUCAAAGACUUUGGACCGUUUGUUAUGGUAAUUAUAAAAGACAAAACAUUUGAGUAUUGGAAUAAGACUGCACAAGACAAUCUCAUGGGUUGUGUUAGACAGUUCGCAAAUUCAGACAUGGUGCCCAAAAAUGUGACUAUUUCAUGGCUUGAUGCCUUUGUGGAAUAUGGAAAGGGUACUGGUUAUGAUUUCUCAGACCAGAAAACAUUCAUGAGUUUUUUACCAAGCUUUCUUAAACUGUCAGGCUUCAGUGAAGAUGUUGAUAUUCAAGAUGGUGUGAUUCAAGCUUCCCGAAUCUUUAUACCAACAGUUAAUGUCAGGACUGCAGUAGACGAAAAGAACAUGUUGAGUUUUUUUAGAGACACCGCUAGUAAAUGUGGUGAAUCUGCAAAUGGGGUAAACUUAAUGGUGUACCACCCAACAUUUAUUUACUUUGAUCAGUAUGCCGUCAUUGUCAGCAAUACCAUCCAGAACAUCAUAGUGGCUACUGUCGCUAUGCUUGUCAUUGCCCUUCUGCUGAUUCCACACCCUCUCUGUUCUCUGUGGGUGACCUUUGCCAUUGCCUCUGUAAUAGCAGGCGUAGCCGGUUUCAUGGCUUUGUGGGACGUUAAUCUGGACUCCAUCUCCAUGAUCAACCUGGUAAUCUGUAUCGGCUUUUCUGUUGACUUUUCUGCACACAUUUCUUACGCCUUUGUCUCAAGUGAAAAGAGAACAGCCAAUGGAAAAGCCAUAGAUGCUCUCUAUAACCUUGGGUAUCCAAUAAUCCAGGGAGCUUUAUCAACAAUUGCUGGGGUUAUUGUCCUGUCAGCAGCAAAGAGCUACAUCUUCAGAACCUUCUUUAAGAUCAUGUUUCUUGUCAUCUCCUUUGGGGCUGUCCAUGGACUUGUGUUUAUCCCAGUGUUUUUGACAUUCUUUGGGGUUUGUGGAAAAAAAGUAAGAACAGAAAGUGACAAAUCCAUCACCAACAAUAUAGAACUUAAAAAAAUGAACGAUACAUUAGAGCCCGACCAAAAUGGCAUUUUAAAGAACGAUACAGAUUUCGAUAUUUGAGGUUUCAAAAACUGAUAACCGACAUAUCGGUCGAUAGACAUCUUUAAACAACACAAUAUACAAAUUCUCUCCCAUAGCCAAGUUCUGAUGAAGGUGGGAUAUUAUGUGUUUAAAAAGGCCUAUCUGCUAUCUUAAUGAAAGGCUCUUAUACAGUAAUCUAUUAAAUAAUUAUUAUGAAAUAAAUAGUCGGGUCUUUGAUAACCACCAUUGCCACAAUCUACGUUGUAGGCUAUUCACAGUUCAUGCCUAAUGACGCUAUCCCUUCAUGUAAGAAAAGAAGAAGAAAUUUUACAAGUACGAUCUGUUACUUUUACUUUUAGCCUUUUUAAACCAUGCACUUCCUUACUUGGUGUAAACACCUUGUUGAAAUACAAGAAAUUGAAGACUGAAACUGUUUUUUAAGGAUGCAUCAUAGACAGGCAUCUAUGCCCUGCUGUUAUUUUAAACUGGCAUACCAUGGCAUUAGCUAAUUCUGGGAUGACAAUCGAAGGAGACAAUUACUGUGCUAUUAUCAAGUUACUUGGUACCUUUUGACGUAACAUUAAGAUGAUGACCAAUGGCUCUAAGGUCAACAUUAGGCUAUUGCAGUACAGUAAAAACGAAACAUGUCCGAUAAACACUCAGGUUUAUUUAGGCUUCCAGAAGAAAUUAUACAUUUGACGUGAAAAUAUCCUUAUACCAUGAAUACACAAGCCACUCCACAAAGCUAUGAAACAGCUUUGUCAGUGUAGUAAGUAGAACCAAAUUAAGCAUGUGUCUUGCAGCAAAAUGGUGGAUAAAUCACACAAUGACAAUACUAGUAGAAUUUUUAAUGAAGGAUCAAUGUUCGGUUUUCCUACACUUAAUUAAAAAAUAUUUAUCAUACGUUAUAAA